AUCUCUCUUUUUUCUUCAAUUUUAAAUCCCCACAAGCUCCUUCUAGAGAGAGAGAGCGAGUGUGUGUGUGUUUCAAACAGAGACCUUUCUCUGUCUCAUCUCAUUUCCCUCAAUUCCAUCUCUCAAAUCUCUCUCUUUCACCCUUCUUCUACUUCAUUCCUGUUUCUUACACAAACCCUUUUCCAUUUCCAGAUCUACCUAUUCAACCCACAGGAUUACCAUCAUCAUCAUCCUUAUUGUGUUUGGAUUGGAUUGGAUUGGAUUGGGGGAUUCAUCAUUGAUUCUUACUUCUCUCUGUUUGUUUCCCAUUUGAAUCCCUGGAGCUUUUGUUUAUUUGAACUCAGAUACUGCCUCUAUAGUGAAGAAAUUAAAGUGGGUAAGAGAAAUAGAGAGAAGCAAAAAUAUAAAGGGUUAGAAUCCGAGGCGAUUUCGAUUUUGUAUAGGGUUUUUGAUAGAGAGGUUUCAAGUUCAGCAUCGCUUUCGACUUGAAAUUGCUGCUGUUCCGUUUUGAACCCAACAGUGUUUUUGUAUCAUCCGUAAAGAUUAAAGGAAAGUGAAGAGAGAAGUGUUCCUUUUUUAGGGACUUUGCAGUUUCUUAUCCCCCCCCUUUUUUUAUAUGCUAUAGAAAGGCUUACCUUUAGCAUGCAAGUGGGUUUCAAUAAAAGGGGAGGAGCGCCUAAGAGAUACUGUUGAUUGUAAUUAAUAAAAGCAAAUGCAGGACACCAAGAAGAAGCUCGCCACUGAAGAUUCCAAGAAGAAGGAACGACACAUCGUUUCCUGGACUCAACAGGAGGAUGAUAUUCUCAGAGAACAGAUUAACCAACAUGGAACAGAAAAUUGGGCAAUCAUUGCAUCCAAGUUCAAGGAUAAAACAACAAGACAGUGCAGAAGAAGAUGGUACACGUACUUGAAUUCUGAUUUUAAGAAAGGGGGAUGGUCUCCAGAAGAGGAUUUGCUUCUAUGCGAGGCACAGAAAAUAUUUGGAAAUAGAUGGACAGAAAUAGCAAAGGUGGUGUCAGGCAGAACGGACAAUGCAGUGAAAAACCGGUUUACCACCCUGUGUAAAAAGAGAGCCAAAUACGAAGCAUUAGCAAAAGAGAACUCAAGUUCAUUCAUCAAUCACAACAACAAAAGGGUUAUAUUUCAAAAGGGGAGUAAUGAUGUUUCUUCCGAAACUUCUCAGCCAGUAAAGAGGAUAAGGAGAGCACACAUAUCUCAUACAACGGAAGGUUGCUCGCUUGAGGAUGGAUCAAAAAAGCCAGAGUUAGCAGUGGAUCAGCAGCUGAGAGCUCCACUUGCAGUACUGGUAGAGAACAGUGUUGACCAUGCCGAUGGUCAAAGUGCUACUCAAAGUAACAAAAGUCAAGGAACCUUUAUUAAGAAGGAUGAUCCAAAGGUAACCGCUUUAACAGAACAAGCAGAAUUACUCAGUUCACUUGCAUUGAAGGUUAACUCAGAGAAUACAGAUCAAAGUCUAGAAAAUGCUUGGAAGAUUCUCCAAGAUUUCCUCAGUCGAAGCAAAGAAAAUAACAUGCGCAUACCCAAAUAUGUAACUCCGGAUAUUGACCUUCAACUGGAAGACGCUAAGGGUUCAGUGGAGGAUUUAAGGAGUAGCAAUGAUGGUAGUCAAUGGAGAGAACCCAAUCUCCACGAAUCUCCUGGUAGUUCAGAAUACAGUACUGGAUCAACACUUGUAUCCCAAACAGCAGAGGAAAAAAUAGAUCAAAGCCAGCCUGAGAUAGGGACUCAUCAUCAGGAACCUCAAUUUGAAUCCGGGUCAAGUUGCACCAGAGAGCAAUAUAAUAUUGGUGAAUCUACAAAAGAAAUACUUCCAAAGACAAACCUGGAGAGAGCAGAGACUUUCAAGUGUUGCAAUGAACGAAAAAUUGAAUCCUUUGCCUCUUCCUUUUCAAGUUCGGAAUUCAGCUCCCCCAUGCAUGUAAUACCACUUUUUAGAUCCUUGGCAGCAGGAAUUCCCAGCCCACAAUUCUCUGAAAGUGAAAGGAGUUUUCUUCUUAAAACACUGGGAGUGGAGUCACCUUCCCUUAACCCCAGUGUUAACCCUUCACAGCCACCACCUUGCAAAAGAGCCCUUCUCCAAAGUCUAUAAAACCUAUCUAAUCAUCCCAAAUACUGAAUCUGCAUUGUCUAGGUUCAAAAUUCAGUUUCUUUUUUUUUUUCUUUAAAUUAAAUUCCAUUGGUUUGCAGCCAUUCCGGCCUAAAAUUUUUCAUAGUGGCAUGUUGAUAUCUGCAUUCCAUGACUCGUGUCUAGAAUGUUAUGGAUCAUUCGGACACAUCGGGACACAUAUAACCUCGUGUUCCACAUUCUUUUUUUCUUUUCUCUCCCUAGGUGGGGUUUUCUCUAAUAGUAACAUCCGAACCAGUGUGCUUUGGUGUGUCAUUUUUUUUCACCUUUCCAGUUUCUUGCAAUAUGUGAUUUUGGUGUCCCAGUUUUUGUAGCUUGAUUUCCCACAUGUAUAUAACGUCUAGAUACAAUUUGUAGACAUUCUAUUCAAAGAGUAAGCAUGCUUUGGCCGCAUUACUUACUCCCCUCCAACAAAAAGUGAUUGAGGGAAGCAAAAAAACAAAAAACUGAUAAAAAAACUGAUGAAAACAGGUAGAGGAUAACCAGUGGAAUGGUUUCCUAUAUACUUUUUGUAUUUUUGGUGUGCAGAGGUAUAGAAUCAGCAUUUUUUUUUUCUUUUUGUUCCUUACCUGAUUUAUGAUGUAACAAACAUAAAUAUGAUUUGAAUGGAAUGUGUUUUGUUGUUGGUGUGCA